UUCAGUUCCCCGGACCGCGCUUCCUCUGACCUGCUGGGCUGUCCCAACACGCCAGGCAGCGCGGGCAAGAGGCCCCAGUGGCUGGCUCCGGUGCCCAUGCGAGGGCCCAGGUGGGGCCGACCUGGGGCGGCCAAGGAGCCCGCACCUUCAGCACCCCCCCCCUCGUUGGUUCAAAGGGUAUGGCCCCGCCCCCUCCAGGCCCCGAGCCCGCUUUGAAGUGCUGAUGCGGCCUGGAAGGGGCCACUUCACACCUCGGGCUCGGGAUAAAGCGGGCGCCGGGCGCCGGCCCGCAGAUGCGCCGCCGCCGCCAUGGCCCAGUCCCUGUGCCCGCCGCUCUCCGAGUCCUGGCCCCUCUUCCCGGGUUGGGGCCCGCCUCGGCCUCUGCCGCCCUCCGACAGGGACUGCGGCUGCUCCCCCGCCUCGUCCCCGGACUCCUGGGGCAGCGUCCCGGCCGGCAGCCCCGAGCUGAGCCCCGGACGGCCCGGCACCCACGCGGCCGCCGGAGCCCGGGGCGCAGGGAGGCGAGGCGCGCGCGGCAGCCGCCUGGGCUCCGGGCAGCGGCAGAGCGCCAGCGAGCGCGAGAAGCUGCGCAUGCGCACGCUCGCCCGCGCCCUGCACGAGCUGCGCCGCUUUCUGCCGCCUUCCGUGGCGCCCGCCGGCCAGAGCCUCACCAAGAUCGAGACGCUGCGCCUGGCCAUCCGCUACAUCGGCCACCUGUCGGCGGUGCUGGGCCUCAGCGAGGAGAGCCUGCAGCGCCGGCGCCGGCGGCGCAGCGACGCGGCGGUGCCUCGGGGCUGCCCGCUCUGUCCCGACGGCGGCCCCGCGCAGACGCAGACGCAGGUGCAGGUGGAGGCGCGCGCCCAGCUACUGGGCUCAGCCGCCAGCCCCUCCGCGUCCUGGGGGUCCCCGCCGGCCUGUCUCGGAGAACUAGCGGCGCCGCAGCCGCGCGACCCGCCAGUGCUUUAUGACGAGGCGGCGUGUUCGGAAUCGCAGGCAAUGGAGCCGAGCCCCUCGUCCCCGCUCUUUCCCGGCGACGUGCUGUCCCUGCUGGAGACCUGGAUGCCCCUCUCGCCCCUGGAGUGGCCGCCGGCCUGAGUCGAAGUGACGACGUACAAUUGGCGCCCUGUGAGCAUCGAGGCCCUUUUGGCUUUCAGCACCUUCAAAACGGUCCCUCUCCAGACUCCCUUUCCUAGGAGAGGGCACCUGCGAUACUGGCAUGGGCAUUCCUGAGAGCGAGAGCCCGUCCCCACCCAAGACAACUCUCCCCAGCCCCUCCGGCAAUGGAGGGACCCAUAGGUUGACCCUUGGAGGCAGGCAGGGGGCGCCUGCCUACUAUGUAUUUAUUUAUUUGUGAAUAAACUGUGCUGGUGUCA